AUGGCUCCAUGGCAUCACAUUGAAAACCUGGAUUUGUUCUUCUCCCGAGUCUAUCACUUACACCAGAAGAAUGGCUUCCUCUGUAUGCUGCUGUCGGAAAUGUUCGAAUUGGUGCAGUUUGUUUUCGUCGUCACUUUCACCACGUUCCUGGUCAGUUGUGUUGAUUACGACAUCCUUUUUGCUAACAAGCUGGUGAACAAUACGCAUCGUGAAAACCAGCUAAUCAAAGUGACACUGCCAGAUGCCUUUCUGCCCCCAUGUGUCUGCACUGUUCAGAUCCGACAGAACGUGCUGAUCAUCUUCAUCCUGAUGAUUGCUGGUGUCUUUUGGGUUCAUCGGUUGGUGAAGUUCAUCUAUAACAUCUGCUGUUACUGGGAGAUUUGCGCAUUUUACAAGAAUGCUUUGAAGAUACCAAUGGCCCAGCUCCCAUACUGUAGCUGGCAGGAGGUUCAAGCACGGAUCAUCCACAUUCAGAAAGAACAUCAAAUCUGCAUCCACAAGAGGGAGCUGAGUGAAUUGGACAUCUACCAUCGUAUCCUGCGUUUCAAAAACUACACUGUGGCUAUGAUUAAUAAAUCUCUGCUGCCAAUCCGUUUUCACGUUCCCUUCCUGGGCGAGGUGGUUUUCUACACCAGGGGUUUGAAGUAUAACUUUGAGCUGAUCUUUCUGUGGGGCCCUGGCUCUCUCUUCCAGAAUGAAUGGAGUUUGAAGCCAGAGUACAAAAGAGCAGGCAAUCGGUUGGAGCUGGCACAGAAGCUCAGCACACGGAUUCUGUGGAUUGGAAUCACCAACUUGCUCCUCUGCCCUAUUAUCCUGAUCUGGCAGAUUCUCUACGCUUUCUUCAGCUACACAGAGGUCAUUAAGCGUGAGCCUGGCAGCUUAGGGGCUCGGUGCUGGUCACUGUACGGCCGGUGUUACCUGCGACACUUCAAUGAGCUGGACCAUGAACUACAGUCCAGGCUCAGCAAGGGCUAUAAGGCUGCCUCCAAAUACAUGAACUGCUUCCUGUCACCACUGCUCAGCGUCCUGGCUAAAAACCUGGCCUUCUUUGCUGGCUCCAUCCUGGCUGUGCUCAUCACUCUAACCGUGUACGAUGAAGAUGUUCUGGCUGUAGAGCAUGUGCUGACCACAAUCACUCUGCUCGGUCUCUGUAUUACUGUGUGUAGCAACAAAAUUGAUAAAGCAGAAUUGAGUGGUUUAGUAUACUUUGAUUCUCAGAAGGUUUUUGAUGAAGUUCCCCCACAGGAGGAUGGGGUGCCAUCCCGCCAAGGCCCAGGCUCAGAGAUGCCUAUGAGAAUAAGCCCCGGUCCUCCCUCUAUGCCCACACCCGGGUUGUUCCCGGUACCUGAGGCCGGAGCUUCUCCUACAGCGGGGCGACACUCGACCAUCAACAACCGGAAACAAUGGAGGAGCGGGGCGGUUCUGACAUCAUCCAGUGGGGCGGAAAUGAUGCUGCGCAGUGCGGACCCUCUCGCUUUGCGCCUGCGCCAAACCGACAGAUUGCCGCGCCCUUCACCGUACUGCGCGUGCGCUGUGCCGGUAACGUCACCCGCCGUUUGUAACUGUGUCUCAGUGCGCGUGCGCAACGUUGGCUGUCCGCCCUUACACGCUCUGCGCGUGCGCGUUGCCGGCACCGCCAUGCCCCGGAUGCGUUCGCUGUUUGAGUCUCCAGGCUUAGGUGUUGGCCUGGGACUGCGGCUGGUCACCUACACCGAGGCCCCGCCUGGGCCUGGCCUGCCAGGUACCUGCCUUAUCCAUAGGAACCCACUCUCGGGGUCAAGGGGACCUAUUCUGUGUGUCGCUAUUGUGUCCUGGGCCGUGCUGCAGCUUCUCCCUCUCCCACACAUCCACCGUCUUGGACUUUGGUAUUGGGCUUCCCAGCUUCUCUCUGACUCCUCUCUCCAUUUCUCUGUUGCUGGCAGUCCUGAUAUGAAAAUGAUGAGUUCUGGGAGCAGUGCCUGGGAGGGACAACUCCAGAGUAUGGUUCUCUCCGAGUAUGCUUCGACUGAGAUGAGUUUGCAUGCACUCUACAUGCAUGAGCUUCACAAGCAGCAAAUGCAGGGAGAACCAUCACGUCACGUAUGGCACCGACAAGACAGUGAUGACAGCGGUGAGAGCGGUGUGGAGGAGGCUGAGCUGAGGAGACCAUCACCAAUGACCAUUCCACGAUCCUCUACCUACCCUGUCGCUGCCAGCAGAACAUCGGAUCUCCGUGAGGAACCAACUGGUCUCCUACACACUGUCCACAGGAGAUAUGGAGGAAUCAGCAGUUCUACUGAGCCCCAAAGGCCAUUCUCUCAACAGCCCAUGGGGGGCUGGACAGAAAGCUCACCCCCUCAACAUCCUGAGCCUGUACCAGAGGAGGGAUUGGAGGAUGAACUGCCCCCACAAAUGCACCAGGUGUAGUUGAUCUGGAGUAUCUAACAGAGGCAAUGAAGAUGAUCCGAGAGUUUGGGGCUUACAGGUGCUUGCUGCUGCUGGAUUAUCCAAUGCAUGGCCCCCUGGUGUGUGUUUGAUUUAAUUUGUUGCAAUCAAAUUGGUAUUUGUGUGAUUGGGUGAUCAGGUAUGUCAAAGUGUGCCCCAAAAUGUUCUGAUGAAUUUCGCCAUUUUUAAUAAAUCAUUGUGAAAGUG